UUUUCAAAAGAAAUAUUUCCUACUGUUACGUAAACUUUCUCUUAACUAUGUAUAAAUGCGCUGUAAGAGCUUGCGAAUUAAAAAAAGCGUUUUAAAGAAAACUGUUUGUUUUGACUGCCAAGAAAUUCCGGUCGAUUAACUACAAAAAUUAACUCAGUUGCUGUGUAAAACGACAUCGUGAAUUAUCUUCAGAAGUUAAUUUAAAGCUUACUAAUUAAAUAUCUUACGUCAUUUUUUUAUUCAAAAUCAUAUAUUUCGGCGUUUGAUUAUAUUUCUUGUAACUGGUGUUUUUUAAAAAAAAUUUUGUAACGAAAAUGAUCGGAGAAAAAGAUGAAUAUAUCGACGAUAAUAACAACGUCGAAGUAAUUGAUGAAAAUAAUAACCAGAUUAUUUGUUUUGAAAAAUCUAGUAUUUUAGUUAGUGACGCAGGCUUAUUAAACACAUUUGUUAACAUUUCUAACAAAAAUAUUUUUAACAAAAUAUUCAAAUGUACAAAAAGACAAAUAUUUUUACCAGAACCAAACUCGAUCGAGAAAUUUCAACAACAUUACAAUGAGGAUAUAUAUCCAAUUAACACUUAUCCUAUAGGAAAACUUUUAAUACUAAAUUAUUCUAAUUUUCAAACUUUAAGUUUGAAAAACUAUCCACGAAAAGGUUCAGAGAAAGACGUUGAACGUUUAAAAUGUUUGUUUUUAAAACUUGGUUUUGUUGUGGAGCUAUUUGAAAAUUUGACAACUUCUGAAACUAUCACGGCUGUUGCCAAAAGUACUCGCUGUAAACAAAAGUUUAGUUGUUUUUUUGUAGCUAUAUUAUCUCAUGGUUUAGAAAACGAAUUUUUUACGGCAGACGACAAAAUGCAAAUUGAUAAAAUAGCAACUUUGUUUAAAAUCCCUAAAUUAGCUGGUAUACCAAAAAUUUUCUUGAUUCAAGCAUGUCAAGGAUUUAUCAGUAUGGAAAGUAACAAGGAAUCAACAAAUCUUGAAACAGCUGAUUACGAAGAUUUUCGUUCACAUUACAAGUUUGUUACCUUGCCAACUGAAGAAGACGUCGUCUAUGCUUUUGCUACAGUGUUUGGAUUUCGAUCCGUUCGAAACACUUUAAAAGGGAGCUGGUUCAUCCAAAAUAUGUGUGAUGUCAUCAGUCAAAACGUUUCAAAAAUGGAUUUUUUACAAAUGCUAACAAAAGUAAAUGCUAAAUUAUCGUUACUUAAAAGCAAACCUAAAGAUUCUAAAGAUGACGAAGAUUCUAAAGAAAAAUCACAAGUCGGUAGUUUUGUGAGCUAUUUAACAAAAGAGUUUUAUUUUUGUCCUCCUCAUGGUCAUUAAGCAACAUUAACUUGUUCGUAAUAGUGAUAUGCCCUUUAGUGACUUUUUAUCAGUUAUCAAAAUUAACUUUCAAAAUAAAUUAAAAAAAAAUAGAAAAUAUAAAUGAAAUUAUUUUUUGAUACAGUCUAGACUUUUUAUCUAAUUUAUAUAACAGUUUUUUUUGCAUAUAAAACCGAAUUCAAUAUAAGAUUUGAUUCUGGACUUUAAAGAUUUCAUUUUUGGUAUUUUGACAUCUCAAAUUCUAUUUAUAUUAUUGUUGCAUAUUUAUUACCUGUUACUGCUGUUUGAUGCACAUUUACUACUUUUACCGCUGUUUUUUAUGUUAUAAAACUUUUUAUAUUUUUCAUCAGAGUUCUUAAAAAUUUACAUAAGAUUUGUAUUAUGAAUUUAUUUAUUUAUUGUUAUUACUAUUUUUCUAUUUUUAAUAUAAACGAUAUACAUUAUGUAAAUAUUUUGAACGCAUAUGUUAUAUACAACUUCAUUUAUAUAA